GUGGUUGGAGCAUCGAGGUCCACUAGCGAGAGGGCGCGGCUAGAGCGUCCCCUGUGCGCCCUCUGCGGCUGGCGCGCUGGAGAAAAAGGGCGCCCGCUGGAGCUGCCGCCAUGGCCACGCUUCCCCGGCUGGGCGCCGCACUCCGCCUGUUGCUGCGGCAACAUCAGCCACGAGUCUGUCCUAUCAGGAUGCUGAAGGGUACCUGCUCACAGCAAAGUGAAGCCCUGGCAACCCCUCCUCUGGACAGUGCCCCCAAAGAGUACUCACCCAAGAUUCAGCAGCUAGUGCAGGACAUUGCUAGCCUGACCCUGUUGGAGAUCUCUGACCUCAACGAGCUGUUGAAGAAAACCCUCAAAAUCCAAGAUAUGGGACUAAUGCCAAUGACUGGGAUGAUGCCAUCAGCACAACCAGUAACUCCGGUAGUAGAAGAGGAAGAUGUCCCUAAGAAGCAGGAGAAACUCAAUUUCACAGUAAAGUUGACCGACGUUAAGGCUGCAGAGAAAGUGAAACUGAUCAAGGAAGUGAAGAAUUGUAUGCAGGGCUUAAACCUUGUCCAGGCAAAGAAACUGGUGGAGUCUCUUCCUCAAGAGAUCAAGGCGAAUAUCCCUAAAGAGGAAGCAGAAAAGAUCAAAGCUGCUCUAGAGGCAGCAGGAGGGACUGUGGUUCUGGAGUAAAUGCAUUGGUCUUACUGCCAAAGGACUAAAGCAGAGCAGGGGAUCAUCCGCUAACCAGUGUGGCCCACCUGUGGCUUUUAUUGCCUGCUGACUGGUGGUGGUGGUGGGGGUGCUGUGCGGUUCCACGAAGCCAUGCGCCCUUGCCUUUUUCUCUCUGCAGUUGGGUUUUCCACUGGAAUGCCCAGUGCUUGAUGAAUGUCUUCGGCACCAUGAGGUCUGUUAUUUGUACCAACACUGCAAAGAACUGAAUCUAUAAAGAGUAUACACAAAGGAAAA